AUGGCUUCGACUUCCGGUCCGUUCAAGGUUGGUGCGCCUGCCGAGCUGCUUAUCAACGACUAUGCCGAAAUCGGCUUCUCACGUGGUCGCCUCCUGGAAGAGGACGCCCUGCGGGCUCUGCCGGCUGCGCAACCACCCUGCGCAGUCCCGGAUCCACACGGGCGCAACCACAGGUGUCAACGCCACCCGGGGUGCCGCAGAAUGCAGGAGCCGCUUCUCGACUGCCCGUGCGACCCGUCUCGACUGAUCUGUCUUGGACUCGUGAGUUGGGCGGAGCCUUGCCAAGUUGCAUUCGACCUCGUGGACGUGCUGGCGAUAAUUCACCAGAGCCAAAUAGGAACAUUAUCCGUCGAACAGGAAGCGGCAGGGCGGUCCACCUCUCCUUGGCAACAACGCUGGCACUGGAGCUUCGGCAGGGCUACUCUUGGCGUCGCCUAG